CUCUGCCCCCUCUUGAGAUGCGAACAGCCUCACCACAUAUCUCAUCUACCGGGCCCUGUCUGAUCCAUUCAUUCUCACGCCUCUGACACUCAUCGCCGCUGCUCUUCUGGUCCAUGCCCUCCUCCCGCGGACAAAGCACAGGCGGCAGCGCUCGCCUUUGCGGCCCUUCGUGCACCCCAACAAGGUGCGCAUCGCUUUGGAGCAGCCCUUCGACUGGUGCGGCGUCAAGUGGCAUGAGUUGCUCAAGCGGCUGGCGGGUGAGAAGUCAGAGCAUGAAUGGUGGAGGGUGGGGCUCGUGGUGGUGACGACAGCGCUGCAGCUCAAGGCAUGCGUCAGAUUCCUCAUGGCUGCUCCCGUGGUGAGUGAAACAAACCACAGGCAUGUGCAUGUGAUCUGUGCACUUAGCUGCUUGGCCUGCCAUCUGUCUGUCAUCUGCCUCAUCAGAUCGGAGUCGAUAUCGGUCGGCUGCAUGCCAUGCAUUGCUACAGUGACCGCCACAGACAAUGAAUAAAUGCAGCCUCUGCCUCUUUCUUUGUGGUGUGUGCAGAGCACGGCACGGGAGGCUACCACGGCCGAGUGUGUCUGUUGCAGCUGUCGACCGGCACGGUGGACAUCAUCGUGGAUGCAAUAGCGGAGGGUGUCCGGCCCGCAAUCGCGCGCCUUCUCAGGCCCUUGUUUGAGGUACGGAAGUGCGUGACUGGUCGACGACGCACACACGAUGGUUUAUGGACGUGUGCUGUAUGCUCAGUCGCAGAAGAUCCUGAAGGUCUUUCACUCCGCCGAGAAUGACAUCAUGUGGCUGCAGCGAGGUGAGUGGGUGGGGUGGCUGUGGGAGCGGGUGUGCAAAGCCGCCCAAGUGCCACGGCAUGAUAUGUUCUGCGGCUGUGAGGCCCUCUCAGAUUUCGCUCUGUCGGUCGUCAAUGUGUUCGACACUCACCAGGCCUGCAGAGCUCUAUCAAGUAAGCCCGAAUGCACGGCGGCUGCCCUCAGCACAGCCCAUGCAUCUGUGUGGCCGUGUUCUCAGCACAGCCCAUGCAUCUGUGUGGGCGUGUUAUGUCUGCAGGUGGCGUAUCGGAUCUGCCCCAGCUGUGGUCUGUCUUCUGCGACUUCCAUCUCAACGCAACCGCAAAGAAGACCAUGCAAGUGAGCAACACAGACAUCCGUCCGUGAGGACCGCUUCCAUUGCGCGCGUGUGUGCAGUGUUCCGACUGGUCGCGUCGGCCGCUCACGGACGAGCAGUUGCAGUAUGCUCGGAUCGACGCGCGCUUUCUCCCUCAUCUCGCUGCCGCUCUGCUCUGGGCCAUGUACAGGUCUGUAGCCAUCACACACAUACAUGUGCCUGCCUCCCGGGCAAACACACGGUGGGUCGUUCCUCGUGUGUUUCUGUGUCAGCUUGGACGGCUUGCCGAGCAAGGAUGGGCAGCUGGGCGAGAGGGAGAGUGUGACCGAUGAAGAGGGGAGAGUUUUGGGGGCGCUGUCCAGCAUCGUGGCCUUGAAGCGCUCUCCGCUGCAUUUUGCUCUCGACAGAGGAGAGGCAGAAGAGGACACCUCACCGAUCCAGCCAGGACUGCCGAAAGUAACGCCAGCGACAGAGACUGAAUGCAGCCGUCAGCUGUUUGAUGCUUCCUACGGUAUACUCAGGCCGCACCCGUCAGCCGGUGA